AUGCGCGCCCAACCUCUCCUGCUGAUCAUCUUCAUCUUCUCUGCCCUCUUGGGUAUGUCAGCCGCCAACGCCCUGGGCAUGGAAGCAGUAGACCGCAUUGCUUCAAGAGACAAGCCAAAGAAGUACAUCUGCUGUCAGGAAAAGUCCUCUAGUUCAUGUUAUCAGAACCCCACGUGCUUUGGGAAAGAUACGCAGGUCGACGACUGCUGCUGCCAGUACAAGAAAUGUGACAAUGCGGCGUGCUGCUGCCUCUACAAGGAGGGUUGCGCGAAUGAACAGAUGCUGCUCCUUCCAGACGACGCUCUGGUCACUCGCUUCGGAGUCACCAAGAAAGCCUCUGAGCUCUAG